GUUUGAGGUAUUUUUGCUAAUCCCACUCCACUUUCCGGUGUCUCCCUAUUCUUUCUCCGCUCCCUCGUCCUGUUCUACGCCUCCGCCGACGCCACGACCGGUGCUGCCCGCAGACCGGUUUUCUACCCAAUCAGUUCAUGAGCUUAUUACUAACCAAAUUAGAUAAGAAUUAAUGGCACAUCUUCAUCAACCUUACGAUCCUUAUUACCAGCUACAGCCACCAGCAGCAGCAGCAGCUGACCGGAACGGAAUUAACACGCUGUUCGUCUCCGGACUUCCCGACGAUGUCAAGCCUCGUGAGAUUCAUAAUCUCUUUCGCCGACGCCCUGGCUUCGAUUCUUGCCAGCUCAAGUAUACCGGCCGCGGCAACCAGGUUGUUGCAUUUGCUACCUUCUUUAAUCAUCAAUCGGCAAUUGCAGCUUUGCACUCUUUAAAUGGAGUAAAAUUUGAUCCUCAAACUGGAUCCACUUUGCAUAUAGAGCUUGCUAGAACAAAUUCAAGGAGGAAACAUAAACCAGGGAGUGGAGCCUAUGUGGUUAUUGAUAAACGAACCAAAAUGGCGUCUAAUGCCCAAGAAACAUCAAGUGAUGAUGGAGGCAGUGACUCUAAUGAAGCACAUGCAACUGACAAUGCUGCUUCUGCCAACCACGGUGAUUUAGGGAGUGUAAAGAGUGAGGCAGCUGGUGAGCCUGAAAAUGUUGUGGUAGCUGCAAAUGAGCAGUCAGAAAAGACUGUAGAAGGAGGUGUCAAUCCUUGUUCCACAUUGUUUAUUGCAAAUCUAGGGCCAAAUUGCACUGAAGAUGAACUGAAGCAAAGUCUUUCACAAUAUCCAGGAUUCAAUGUGCUCAAAAUGCGUGCUAAAGGUGGAAUGCCAGUUGCAUUUGCUGAUUUUGAGGAAGUUGAACAAGCAAAUAAAGUCAUGGAGGACCUUCAAGGAACCUUGUUACCAUCAUCGGACCGAGGUGGCAUGCACAUAGAAUAUGCGAGGUCCAAAAUGAGGAAGUCCUAGCAGAGGGGAAUGUGACAACGAUUUUCUGUCCUGCCUGCAGGCUUUGGUUCUUUCUUAUACUUGGCGCAACAAUGUUUAGUGGUAUUGCUUCAGUUUUCUUUAAAGGAUGAACCAAAAUACCCAGUAUUUUCGAGCCACUGUAAAACUGAUACUGCUUUCUUGCUGUCGUAAUCCUCCUUGAUUUUUCAGAGGGCCUGUAUACAUCAAUGCCUGAGAGAGCUUUGGCCUCUACAUUUUGUGGAUGUGUAUUUUUGGCAAGAAUAUCAUCAUAAAUGGUAGAGCUUGAUCCUUCAAAAUCAA